AUGGAGGGGGUGGAGGAGGCCAACCGGGCGGCGGUGGUGAGCUGCAAGAGGCUGGUCGCGCGCCUCUCGUUGUCCGCCGGCGACCCGUUCCGGCUCGCCGCCGUCGCGGCCGAGACCGAAGAGGCCGUGUCCCGGUUCAGCAAGGUGGUUAACAUCCUCGGCAAUAGGGUUGGCCAUGCGAGGGCGAGGGUCGGCCGGAGGAGCUCGCCGCCGGCCGACCCGAUUGCGAGGUGCCUCCUUGAGUACCACCCUCCCCCGCCGGUGCCGUACUGCCCACCUGCCAGUGCCCCCCAACUCCAUGGGAGUAGCAGUAGCACUCCUGCGCCGCCGCCGACGCCGCUGAAGCAGAUGCCGGUGCCGGUGGCGGCGGCGGCUCCCUGUGCCGCCGGCAACGGCAAGGUCGUUGCACCGGCGGCCAAGGGUGCUGCGGACAGGGACAUGUUCUUCCAGACGCCGCUCCUGGAUUUGAGUGCGUGCAGCAGCGUUACUCCCGCCUCCAUUGCCGCCGCGCAGAUCAACGGCUCGAGACUUUCCGCAGCUCCGGCGGCCAAGGCUCCAGACAGGGACAUGUUCUUCCAGACGCCAAUCCUGGAUUUGAGUGGGUGUACUCCCGCCUCCAUUGCCGCCGUGCAGAUCAACGGCUCCAGAGUUUCGGCAGCUCCGGCGGCCAAUCCUCCUCCUGCCCCUCCACCUCCUCCUCAAAUCCAAUUCCACCAUCAGAUUCCGCAGCAGCAGCAGCAGCAGCAGCCGCAGAAGAGGAUACUCGAGCAGCAGCAGAGGCCGGCCAGCAGCGACAACAAGAGGUUCCACUUCGAGCCGAAGCCGGCGAGCGAGAAGCCGUUCCACAUCGAGAUCCCGGCGGCGAGGAGCGGCAAGGAGCCGGAGGUGAUCACCUUCAGCUUCGACAACUCGGUGUGCACCUCGUCGGCGGCCACGUCCUUCUUCACCAACAUGAGCAGCCAGCUGAUCACCAUGUCGGAGACCUCCGCCUGCGCGCCGGCGUCCAGGAAGGCGGCGCACAAAGCCGACGAUGACGGCAAAUGCCACUGCCCGAAGAAAAAGAAGCCGAGGGAGAAGAGGGUGGUGAGGAUGCCGGCGGUGAGCGACAAGGUGGCCGAUAUACCUUCCGACAGUUACUCGUGGAGGAAGUACGGGCAGAAACCCAUCAAAGGCUCUCCACACCCAAGGGGAUACUACCGGUGCAGCAGCAUCAAGGACUGCCCGGCGAGGAAGCACGUGGAGCGGUGCCGCGGCGACGCCGGGAUGCUCAACGUCACCUACGAGAACGACCACAACCACGCGCAGCCACUCGACCUCGCCACGCUCACCGCCAACUCCGAAGCCUGA